CCGGCCAGAGUCAAACCUCAGUGCUUCGCAGACUGGUGCGCUCUCACCAUGAGUGGGUGCCCAUUUUUAGGAAACAACUUUGGAUGUGCUUUUAAAAAAUUAUCCAUAGAAGGCAAUGAAGAAGACGAAUCACAAACCGGUGUGAAUAGAGCCAGCAAAGGAGGACUUAUCUACGGAAACUACCUGCAUUUGGAAAAGGUUUUGAAUGCACAGGAACUUCAAAGUGAAAUAAAAGGAAAUAAAAUCCAUGAUGAACAUCUUUUUAUCAUAACUCAUCAAGCUUAUGAACUCUGGUUUAAACAAAUCCUCUGGGAAUUAGAUUCUGUUCGAGAGAUCUUUCAGAGUGGCCAUGUCAGGGAUGAAAGGAACAUGCUGAAGGUUGUCACUCGGAUGCACCGGGUGGUGGUGAUCCUGAAACUGCUGGUGCAGCAGUUUUCCGUCCUGGAAACCAUGACAGCCUUGGACUUCAAUGACUUCAGAGAGUACUUAUCUCCAGCAUCGGGCUUCCAGAGUUUGCAAUUCCGACUCUUAGAAAACAAGAUAGGUGUCCUUCAGAGUUUAAGGGUCCCUUACAACAGAAGACAUUAUCGAGAUAACUUCAAAGGAGAAGACAAUGAGCUGCUGCUUAAGUCGGAGCAGGAGAAAACACUACUGCAGCUUGUGGAGGCUUGGCUGGAAAGAACACCAGGUUUAGAACCACAUGGAUUUAACUUCUGGGGAAAGUUUGAAAACAACAUUGUCAAGGGCCUGGAGGAAGAAUUCAUAAAAAUUCAGGCCAAGGAAGAGUCAGAGGAGAAAGAGGAACAAAUGGCUGAAUUUCAGAAACAAAAAGAGGUGUUACUCUCUUUAUUUGAUGAGAAGCGUCAUGAACAUCUCUAUAGUAAAGGUGAAAGACGACUGUCAUACAGAGCACUUCAGGGGGCCUUGAUGAUAUAUUUUUACAGGGAAGAGCCUAGAUUCCAGGUGCCUUUUCAGUUGCUGACUUCUCUCAUGGACAUAGACACACUCAUGACUAAAUGGAGAUAUAACCAUGUGUGCAUGGUGCACAGAAUGCUGGGCAGCAAAGCUGGCACUGGUGGGUCUUCUGGCUAUCAGUACCUGCGCUCAACAGUGAGUGACAGGUACAAGGUAUUUGUAGAUCUAUUUAAUCUUUCAACGUAUCUGGUUCCCCGACACUGGAUACCAAAGAUGAACCCAAUUAUUCAUAAGUUCCUCUACACGGCUGAAUAUUGUGACAGCUCUUACUUCAGCAGUGAUGAAUCAGAUUAAAAUCAUCUGCAAAAAUCUAUGAAGACAUCAAUUUCUCAGCCUGUG